AUGAACAAGAAACUCGCCGACCUGCUCCGCUGGAGCAUCGAGAACUCAACAACGAGCCCAGCCGCCACUCAACCACAAACUACUCAAUCUAGCGAUGCCCAACCCAUGGGCGAAGACCGAAUGCUCCCGGAGGCCACGGGAAUCACGGUUCACCCUUCCGAUGCCAAGCCUGAACGCCCCCGCCAGCUAGACCGCGACAUUCUCGAGAUGCUCUUCGGCGGGCCCUCAGAAGCCGAGCUCAUGAAGGCCGCAAUUGAAGUGAUCAACGACCCCGAAACAACCCUCGAAAACAAGCUCAUCGCCUUCGACAACUUUGAGCAGCUCGUUGAGUCCCUCGACAACGCGAACAACCUCGAACCUCUCGGCCUCUGGACUCCCUUGAUUAAGUUAAUGGAGCAUGAAGAGGAAGAGAUCAGGAAAUACGCUGCUUGGUGCGUCGGCACGGCAGUCCAAAACAACAUCAAGAGCCAGGAGCGAUUCCUCGCGAUGGGGGGCAUGAAGCCGCUGGUGGGGAUGUGCAUGCGGGAGGGGGAGACGGAGGGGAAUCGGAAAAAGGCGGUGUAUGCGAUUAGCAGCGCGGUGAGGAAUUAUCAGCCGGCGUUGGAAGAGUUGGUGCGGGAGUUGAAGGAACACUUGGGGGGUGAGGAAGAGUUUCUGGGGAAGUGGAGGGGGAAGCAGGUGGUGGCGACGGACAUGGAUUUGGUGGAUCAGAUAUGUGGGUGGUUGAAGAAGAGGAUUGCUGAGUCCGUCAAAGCGUGA